AUGGCGGACGGAAACACGGCGCCCGUCGCCAAAGUUGAGGUGGUUUCACCAAAAGACACCUCUGGCAUCAGCGACGGACCUGUCGCAUCCCUACGAAGCUCCCUCGAGGCACGCGCCGAUCCAGAUGCACAAAACACCGUCACCGACUUCAUCGACUUCACCGACUACCUGCCAGCCGACGUCGUCAGGUCCCUUACGCUAAUCGCCAAGCUUGACGAGAGGUACCACCAAGCCUCGCUCAAAGUCGACGAGUUGACAACAACAUGGGCUCGCUUGCCCUCGAUACCAGCGCGGGAGCGCCCAGCACCACGUCAGAUUCGUGCCGACAUAUCAAAGCACCUCAAACAUGCUGUCGACUCGCGUACCUUUGCCCAUACCGAGGCGGUGCGCAUGUCGGAAAACGUCAAUCGCCAUUACUUCAAAGCAAAGAUGCUCGUCGAAAAGCUACAGACAAUGAUGGACAGCUAUCCGGUCGAAGAUCAAAAGAGCCCAACCGGCGCCAGGUCACCGCAAAUGACGCGCGCCAAGCUCACGGCUCGCCCGACCGGGCAAGAUGGCAAGAAGAUCAGUCGGCGUAGGGUACCCAGAAUCACAGUUCCUGGCGAGGUUCUGGCGCCGUACGAUAUUGAAUACGACACAUUCUCCGAUGACAGCGAUAUCAGCACCGACGAAGAGUCGGACGCGGCCACCAACCGCAGAACACCUGGCCCGCCUAAGAUCAAGCUUACUACCAGUCGAGGGAUGCCAAAGACGAUAAACCGCCCCGCACGAUCGCUCGCAUAUCCUUCCGCCGCAAUGAGUGCCGCGGCUGCCGCGAAUGCGGCUGCCCUGCUGAAUCCUCCGCCGCAGAAUGUGGCCGUUGGCAGCAAGGAUGCGCCCUGGCUACAGCUUACCCACUAUGAACUAGCUGUGCUCAGGAAGCGCAUGAAGAAGAAUGCGGCGUGGGCUCCUAGCGAGACAAUGAUUGCCAGAGAGCUGAAAUCCCUAGGCCGUGGACCGGAAGCCUAUCGGGAGGCGAAAAAGAAGGCCGAGGAGGAAGGGCGUGCAUUCGACGCCCAAGUUCCGACCCUGGUGACGGAUGAUGAGUCGGGCUCUCAGCAGCUGCCUGCUGGCGCCAUCAGUGCCGAGUUGCUCGAUGCCAGCGAUAUACCGACCAGCAACAAGGGCAUGAAACUGAAUGAAGCUAAGAAACUUAAGAGGGAAGCCUUAGCGAAGCAGGCUGCCGAGGAAGCUGAAGAAUCGGCGCGUAAAAUGCGGGAAGCUGCUCAGCUGUUCCUACACACUGAUAAGGCCAGUGGUGAUCGGAAUCAGCAAGCGAGUAAAUCACGAUCUGGCUCUCGCAAUCAACCGAAGCGUAAGUGGGACGGUGAUGCUGAAGACGACAAGGGAACACCCGCGCCGGCAGAGACGCCUCGCAACACGAAGCGCACAAAGAUUGAAACACCCGUUCCGCCGCCGCGACAUCCAAGCUUCAAUAACGAAACGUCGGCAACAUCGAGCGUUGCCACGCCCUCGAGCAGUGUGCCGCCGCCGACUACUCAGACACCUGUUCCUAUCCCGAUAUAUACCAGAUCUGCUUCCGCAGCCUCUCCGGCAGACCUUAGCACUCCUACCAUUACCACCUCGGUGCCAGUGAAACCUCCAGCACCAGCGCAGACACCGGUCCCACUCCCAAAAACAGAACAAAGGCAUACCAUUACGCCAGUCUAUCCGCCAAUGCGGGACGUCCCGUCGCGCGAGGCUAAAAAGACACAGCUGGCAGCGCCGCCGCCGCCGCAGCAGCCUGAACUUGGCUCGCGACGGUCUGUAUCGCGCGGUCUCACGCCUAUCGCAGAGCCGAACCGGCGUCCCGGAUCGCGGGGCAACGCUACGAGUCAAGAGCCACCUUCCCUGGCGUCGGACCGCCCGCGCCGCGCAAGCACAACCAGAAACACACCCGCACCAGAGAGCAAGCCGCUGGUGCGGCGCACGAAGCGUCCUGCUCCCGGAAUAGUAAGCACCACGAGCAGCGGCGGUAACAGCGCCGUCGGCAAGCGGAAAGCCGCGCCCAAGAAGAAGGCGCGCGCUCUCAAAAAGGACAGGACAGGGCUGCUGGAGACAGAGGUUGAGAUGGAGGAGGUGGACGACGAGGGGAAGCCGAUUGACCCAAACGAGCCGCGCUACUGUGUCUGCAACGGGGUCAGCUUCGGUACCAUGAUUCAAUGCGAGCACUCGGCGAAUUGCAAAUAUGAGUGGUUCCACAUUGAGUGUGUUGGUCUCGAAGACAUUCCCGCACGCACGACGAAAUGGUACUGCCCGGACUGUCGACGGCUCCUAAACAUUGGUGAAAAGGGCGAGGUGAGCGCUCGCGGCGUUAGGAAAUAA